AUGGCUUCCCAGCAGAGGAAGCCGAUGAAGGGGAUCCUUAAAUCGUCUUCCAGUUUUGACAAACCAGAUCCAAUUUACGUCACCACCACACCUAGGGAUGGAAGGAAAGAGAUGACAUGGGAUGAGAUGAAUAUAUUGGCCACACAUCAUCCUGCAGAUAAAGAUUAUGGCCACAUGAAGAUAGAUGAACCACUCACACCUUACAGCAAAUAUUCUGACCCUGAAGAUGAGGAUGGGGAGACACACCAGAGACGCAGCAGCAUUAGUGAAAAAGAGAUUGAGCUGAAUGCGGAGACGAUCGCUUCAAGAUUAAAUGAAGAAGGCAUUAAUCCCACUGUGCUUAGAAGUCAUGCUUCUAUAGAAGAAGAAUCGUCUGAUGACGAAGAACCAGAAAAUCCAGAACAGCAAGCUGUGAGGAAAGCUUUUGAGCAGAAGAGAAAGCUUCACUACAAUGAAUUUCAAGCUGUUAAAUUAGCCAAGCAGUUGAUGAAAGAUGAAUUUGAUGAGGAUGAUGAUGAGGAUGAUAAUGAAAGUAACAAAUUAGAAAAUAAUGUGACAGACUCAAGUCAGCAGCCAAAUCAGGAUACAGCAUUAACAGAGGAUAGUGAACGAUCGACAGGAAAAUGAUAUCUAGGUGAUUAUUGUUAGACUUUGUUCCUAGGUAGCGGUAUAUGUUCCGCUGUUGUGUUAAAGCUAGGUUAUACAUGGUAACCUUUAGCAUGGUGUUUGUAUGUUGGGUAAAGUAAACGUUAGCUUGUUAUGGUGUGUUAAUUAAUGUAUACAAAUGUUUAGUCUCCAUGUUUCCCCAAAUGUUUCAACUGUUGUUUACUGGAUUCCAGAAAGGUAGUGACACAGAUGUUUGAUUGACCAUUGGUUUAUUACAGUCUUUGAUUAACCUCUUUCCACUGGAUUCUGUCCAUUGCAUGGCAGAAAGGUUGUGUUCAAAGUACAAAGUUUCAAAUUUAAUCACUGGUGACAAGAAGGGAAUCACUUGUGCAAAGGCCAGAUGCCGUCUAUUCAAGUGUUUUUUUAUAAGCAUCUUCACAUUGUUUUAAACCCUUUCCUUGUUGACGAUUGAAACAAACAUAGAUUUGAUAAACAGUAAAUAUAUGUGUAUUUGUGUGUGUAUAUAUAUGUGUAUAUAUAUAUAUAUAUACAGUAUUUAAUUAUGGGUGGUAUGGGUAGGUGUAUAUUUUGUUUGGUAAUGGGUACAUAAUCUCCCUUACUAAUCCAAUUUCAUCUCCACUCUUCACUGUUGUGUAAGACCAUAGUCAAUCUUUUGACUUACAUGGUCUGGAUAACCUCUCAACACAAAAAAUUUAAGGAUUCAAGUUUUGUUGAUUGUGAAAGUGAUUAUGGUAAUUAGUUUUGUGGCAUUUUAUUACUUUUUUUAUUACCAACAGAAACUAAUUAUUGUUAGUAUAUUGAUUUUUGUAAAAAGUUUAGUUUAUUAAAGAAAAAUAUAUGCAAAAAAUUAAUUGGAGACAUUUCUCAACCCAUAUAAUUGAAUAACACAAAUUCUGUACUUUUGUAAACUUUAGCUAUGGCUUCGAAGUAGUUGUGAAAGUCCAGAAGAUAUUAUUGUGAUUCAUAUUAUAAGGUUUGAUUAAUUAAAUCUACAAGAAUGUUAUUUUAUUUCAAUCUUCAAAUCAUCAAAUUGCAAAUGACGGUUCUCUGGGAUCUGUUUCAGUCAUAAACAUGUGACAGUCAGGUACUCGUAAAAACCUCAGUACUGUAUUGCAGUGGUGUAAUGGUGGCUUCCUGUUUUUUCCUUGUUUUUUCAUCCUGCCAAUUUUAUUUUCUUCCACACAACAUAAACUCUCAAGGAAAAAAGAUGCUGCUUAUAAUCUGGAAAAUAUGUUUUAUCAAAUCUGUAUGAUGAUGUUUAUUAUAAUGAAAAAAUAUUCGGAAGUGAUUGGUGAUAAGCUACCACCUUGUUACUGCCCUGUAAGGUUAUUGUAAUUCAUAUUUUGGGGGAUUUGCUUGUUUAUUAUGAAAUGAUGUCACAUUCUACUGUUUUCUUCUGCCCAUUUCACAUAUUUUGGGCCUUACAGCAAGUGCUUGUUUUGAAUCUAUCUGAAAAUGCCAAUUUUUAUGAGAAGAUUACCGGUAUGUGUUAUUCUGUACAAAAUUGGCAUUGAAUAGUGCAGUGUGAAUUUGAGUGGCUUUGGCUUAUGUUGUUUGAUUAGCUAUGCAAGAAUUCCAGUUUAAAAAAAAAAUUAGAUAUCAGUUGGUCAAAUUAAUCAAGCACAAAUGUCUUGCAAAAAGUACAUCAUCACCACUUUGUGGUGUUAUUAGGAUGUGUUUACAUAGUCCCUUCAAGUAUGGUUUAUCAUGAGUCUGUGAUGUUUUUUUCUACAAGCAUUUGUUUAUCUCCCAGAAUACGCCGCUUCGUGUUCAGCCGAUCUGAGUUUGUAUAAAACUGCUAAUGCUUCCAAAUCAUGUUACAAUUAGGAAUGGAUUAUUUUCAUAUUGGUCUGUUUGAGAAAUAAUUUUAGUUUCAGAUUUCCAGUAGAAAAGUUGUUACAUUUUGAAUACUGAGAUUGCUUCUUGGACAGGUAAAAUUAUAUGAAUGGACACCUCCCAAAAAUAGCUUGUCUCCACUUUUUAGUACUGAAACUUUCCUGCCAGUACUGUAGUAAUCUGGCUUAGUGUAGAGAAGUGUAAGUAAUAAAGACAAAAUUGGAAAAAUGAUGUUAGGGUUUGUUGCAAUACGUGUGCAAAAUCUUUUUCCAGAUUUCAUAGAUGUGAGAAUUGUGAGUUUUUAGUUAGGAUUAUGUACUUAUGAAUCACGUGGCUUGGUGUAUUGUUUAGUGAUCAUGUUGUUCUUUAAUGAGAUCUGAUUGCAGAAAUCCUGUGUCUUGUAAAAUUGUAUAGCAAUAUUGAGAUAUGUGAAUACUGAUUUCUACCGGAGUAUUUCCUCAUCACUCUUCAGCUUUUAUUACCGGGUUUGACAAUUAUUUGAUCACCUUGCUUAUACUUAAUAACUUAUUCCAUCAUUUAAAGAGUUAUUACAGAAAAUAUAUUGGCAGUGCAGGCUCUUUUUAAUGACCCAAUCCACCAGCAGUUAUUUUCCUAGGAGGCUAUUAAUUGAAAUAAUAAUACCCAUCAGUGUACAUUAUAGCUGUUUUCCUCUGUACCAUCUCCUAUAUACUGUAAAUGCACUUAUUUUAGUGGUAAUCUUAUUUUAGUGCUUUUUGCACUGAAAGUAUUGCACUAAUAGUCACUUCUGUAAAUGGUUUAUAUGGUGCAGUUAUUAUUGGUGCAAGAAUUUAUCAUUGCACUUGUUUGUUGAAAUGUGAUAUUGUGCAAAAAUCUAGAUACACUAAAUGAAGUACGUUUACAGUAGUCAUGUUUGGAUUAGAGUCAAUCUGUUUUUUGGCCAUUACUUUCAAUUUUGUAUACCAGAUAAGUUCUUUUAUUAAAAUGAUGUUUCUAAAUAAAAUAUUUUAUGCAUUAAGUAGAUAUAUUAUGCAAUAAAACAUUUUAUAAAAUGUUGUAAAUGAUAUGUUGGAUUCAUUGAAUAUCUAUAUAUAGAGAUCAUUAUGUAAAUUUUACCACCAUUCAAAUGUCUUGGUGCAUGACAAAAAAUCAAUAAAACGACAAUUUUUUUAUAUGUAGACAUCAAAGACAUAAAACAACAUUAAAAACAAUAUCAUUGUCUGAAAUAUAUUGAUAUACUUUCCCAGUGAUAAAAUAGAAUCAGAUAUAGCAACAGAAAUCAUUGAUUUUAGACAAUAGUUUUAUAUCUAUGUAAAUAUGUCCUAUUUACUUACAUAGACUGCCUGAAUAGUUUCAUUUGUCAGAAUUGUAUAUCUGAACAUGAUUAUCUGUACAUGAUGUCAAGUAUUUCACCUGUCAUAAAAAUGCAGUUAAAAUGAGCUUCAGUAAAUUUUGUCGGAUUUUUUUAGAAAUCCAGGGCAUUGUUUCCACAAUACUGAUGAAACCAGUUACGUAAAGAUAUAGAGGAUUCUCAAAAUUGAGAAGAAGCAUGAGACUCAAAAAUCACUCAUCUUUACUAGUACAACACUUCAGUCAUUUAGGAAUUGUCUCAGCUUUCCGCAUAUAUCAGUUUAGGUUUACAUAUGAUUCAUCAUAAUUGGUAAGUGCUAAUAUACAGUUUAUUACUCUAUCUACUUUUAUAUACAGAUGUAUUUUUAAAGGAUAUAUCUUCUGUUAUUUUUAAGAUAUGUAUUGUGAGUAGGUUUAUAAUGAAGUGCUAUUUUUGUCACAAAAAUAUAUUUGCUAAAGCUCCAUAACACCAAUAAAGGUUAUUCAUAAAAGAUUUGCUAACAUCUUUGCUAAUUCACAUCAGACAUAUUGUUAAUACAUGUACAAGUGUACUGCAAUAUUCCAGUAAUAUCAGAUAUGUAUUAUAAUGUUUAUUGUGCUUAAUGUGAUAUUAGGACAGUCCAUUUUUGUUAUUUUGAUACUUUAUUUCUGCAAAUAGUGACAAACAAAGAAUAUUUCUCAAUUAAUAUGCUAAGCAAAUUACUAAGCACAUUGUGAGCCAAAAUGAGAUGCGAGGUAAAAAAUUGAAAUGAAAAUCGUUGUUUUGAUUAAUGAAAAAAAAUCUACUGUGAUAAUUAGAAUAAAACAAGUUACAUUCCUUUCUCAAAUUAUGACUAUUAGAUAUAGGUUUAGAUUUUAGAUAAGAGAAUUUGUAUGCAAAUACAUGUUAAGUGCAUAUACUUGUAACAUGUUAAAGAUACACUUGGCACAUUUACCCUAUAUAACUGACAGGUGUGAUGAAAUUCUGAUGCAUACUUCAGUGAGUUUUUCAACUGAUAAGUGCGAAAUAAUUUAUGUGAGCAUAGUAACACAAAUAGUAAAAUUAAUAUUUUAAUACCAAAACUUUUUAAAUUAUUGGAAUAUUUAACAUACCAAAUUUGGUGGAAAAUUGUUUGUCAGGUAUUACACUUCUAUCCUUUCAUGUGUUUAAUUCAUAUUGCUGUAAUGUGAGAUUUUUUUCUGUGAUUACAUGUAGUUUUACUGCAUAAUGUGAUUGAAUGCUUCAGCUUCUACAUCUCCUUUUUUUUUUCUUUUUAUGUUUUUACAAGUAUCAGAACAAUAAUGAAUGUUUUGUAUUUAUUUAGACAAUGUUUCCGAAGCUGUGUAAAUUUUUCAUCCUUUCAGAUCAUUGAGAAACAGAAACUUUGAAUUUUUCCUUAAAAUGUUCCAAAAUUAUAGUGUAGACAAAGCUUUUUUGUAAGUAACUUUUUAUUAUUUUGAGAAAUGAAUUUUGUUUUAAAUCUUCCAAAGAUAAUAGAUGAUACUACAUGGACAAGUAUUGUUAUCAUUGAAAUAUCGGGAAUAAAACCAGCCUCCUUUUAUAGAUUUUUGAACAAUUCUUUCAUAAAGAUUUACAUUAAAUUAUUUUCUUGUCUACACUCGGAUAAUAUUUUCAUUAAAUCAAUUAAGUUUUAUGAAACUAUUUUCACAAAAUUUAGGAUAAAAUUUGUGGAAUCAAACAAAUAUUUAAACAAUGAUGACAUUUGUUUCACUUUCUGUUAUGAUCAUGAUAUCGCUCUGAAUCUCUUUUGAAUCAGACAUAAUGAAAACAGUCAAUAGUGUGAUAUACAUGUUUUAUUUCAUAGUUUGAAUUAAAUGUGUAUGGUUUCUUUGACAGGAUGUAGGAAGUUGAUACAUACGUCUUAUUGUUGUUUCUCUUUGGGUUUUCUAAACCUUCCUGUCCACUGACAUUGGCCAGUGUGUUUUGAGGUAAUGGUAACAUACUAUGCUAAUUUCUAUAGAUUCCAUCCGAAAUAAAUGAGAUUGAAUAUGUUUUAUCAUAUCGUUUUUAUUUGUAAUUUUCGUAAGUAAAAAAUCUUGUUGUUCAUUUGUUUGUAACUAUGGAGAUCUUUAGUACUUCACAAUUGAAAUGGACAUAUCAUUUAUACAUGUUGAGUAAAUAUGUUGAUUUGAAACAGUGCUUGUAAUGUGGAUAUUGAUGUAGCUGUAAAUACAUCAAAUGUAAUUCUGUAGUUCAGAUUUUGAACAAUGAAACCUCAGAUGUUUGAAUUCUAAGUCUAAGAUAAGCAUUGCUAAAUAUUAAAAUAUGUAAUGUUACCUACUAGUUUUUAUUUUUACUACAAAAUAAAGCAUACAACAAUGGAUACACUAAUGAAUAAAUUACUCAUCACAAUUUUUUUCAACAAAUGACUUUUAAGCAUUGUUUAUUCCUUUUGUGCCUUUUUAAAACAUUUGGAACAAAAUGAGGCAUUUUCUAUUUGUUUCCUUUUUUUCGUAAUAUUCAAAAUUUGAAGAAAACUAACACAAUUCUUGGACACAAAAUGAUAUUUUGACUGUUCAACAAUACAAUAAUGGUAAGGACAUGAUGAAAAGGAUGUUGCAUUCGAAGGAUAAAUUCAAAGUCUCUGUGUUUGUUUUCAUGGUCUGUAUAAAUAUGUUGAACCAAUAAUGAUUGCUUCACUAAAUUUCACUUAAUAUGUUCUGGGUUGUAUGUAAUAUGAUUUACAAAAACAUUUUCGAUCGUUUUUGGAAAAUAUUUACAAUUAAAUGGUAAUAGUCUGGUGUAACCUACCAAUGAAAAUUGUGUGUUACCAAUAUCAUAUUCAUGAAAUGAAACUGAGGUUAUCGCCUUUUAUAACAAGAUGACACUUGAAAAUGAUAAAUAUACACAACCAGUGAACUGCUUUUAGGUGGCAUUUCUGUGACUUAUAUAUCCCAACUGUGAAUAAAGUGCAUAAUUGAAUUUGCCCUUUAAUUAGUUCAUGUUUUCAUAUUGCUCAGGAUUGCCACCUCAAAGUUCACUGCUUAAAAACACUUCCUUUAUUUUCAUAUAAAAAUGUCAAUCCAUUGUGAGAGAUCAGCUUUACCAGAGCUUUUUUUAGAUAAAUGAUACAUCUGUACAUAAAAACCAAACAAAUCUACCAUUUAAUCCAUGCAGCAUUAAUGAACUUGCAGACAUCCAAGGUGUUAUAGAACAGGACUUGAUUUUGUUUGUCUUAGUAAUUUUCAAACCCGAUAAAAGUACAUUUAUGAGAAUAGUUUAGAUCUAUAGGAAAAGAACAUGUUUGAUAUUGUAUAAUAAAUCAAUAAUUUGGGAGAGUAUGGCUUUAGUUUGAUGUUUUUACUGAAUGUUAGAUGCUUAAAUAUGUCUUCAGUGUUAAGAAAAGUAGAUAUAGUAUGUGCUAUAUUUCCAUAAAAAAUUGAAGCAUAUUGUGUGCAUCUCUUUCAGCAAUAUAAAUGAAUAGACUGACAAUUACUGAAUUUAUUACUACACAAAAUUUAAUUUUUGAUAUGGCUUUUUUGGAGGUCGUUGAAUUGUGAUCUACCUGCAUUGCACUAAAAUGUGUUAGAACUUCUGCAACUGUAUGGGAAAUUCAAAUGGGCUGUUCAAGCACAUUAUAUUGGAUAUUUUCAUUUUUUUUCAAAUCUGCCUUCAAGAAAGAUGUUCCAAUGUACAUGACAUGAUUGAACAAUGUUGAAAAAGUUGGUGAACUGUUAUUGCUGGUAUUUCCAGUCUGCCAAGCUAUAUAAAAGUGUAACAGCAUGCAUGCCUAUUCAAGGGUAAGCAUGUGAAAGAAGGACAUUAUUUUCAAGAGUUUACUAUAUUUAUCUGGUAAUAAGCCCUCUUUGUAUGUAUUGCUGUUCGAUGGAAGUACACACAGAAUAUACCAUCUCUACUUCUCUGUGUAUAGUGAUGUGUUGACCCUAGGUCUUAUUGCAUUAUAAAUAUGGUAAUGAAUUUCAUAAUGAAACCCACAAACUUCGGCUCUUGUGAUACAGGGAAGAAAAUAUGUCACCUGUAUUUGGUAGUACAGUUCACAAAACAUUAAUAAAAAGAGAUUUGGAUAAAUGUAAAUCACGAAUCUUGUUGAAAUUCUACACGAUUUCUAUUUCUGUGUAAUCAAAUGCAAUAACUACAGUGAUACCGACCAUACAGGCCUCUCUAAUGUUAUCAGAUCAAUACAUUAUUUAUAUAUUGCAGAGAAAUGUGUUAAUCUUGUAUGUCUGGAUAUACUGAUUACAAUUAAACUGUAUGCUGUAUCAAA